AUGGCAUUGCAGCAUACACCACCUGGAAGAUUUGCUUCGGAUACGGAUAUACCUGCGUCGCUUUAUGAGAAGGAUGUUUUUCCCAACUUCCGUAAGCGUAGGCAGCCUCAUCACGACAUAAUAGAUUUUGAAGAUAAAUUUAAUAGUCAAUUAUCCAUGUGGGAUCGAAAGAUAACAGACUGUGUGAGUAAGGCUGUUUGUUCGUCGGUUUCUUGCGAGAUGGCGUCAAUCUCAUCUAAACUCAUUGAGAUAAAUUCCAACAUCGUCGAACUUAAAACAGACAACAUUAAUAUUCGUAAAUCGGUGGAUGAAACCAAUCAGCGAUUGAGUGAAAUGGAGAAGGCUCUUAACUUCUCUAUUGAGCGCCAGGAAUCAUUUGAUGGGAGAUUAAAGAAAGUUGAAGAAAAUAUGACACAAGCCAGCGAUAUUAAUGCCCAGGUUCAGGCGCUUGAGCUCAAAUUGGCAUUAAUGGAACAGCAGGCCAGGCAAUGCAACAUAGAAAUCUCGAAUCUACCUGAGAGACGUAAUGAAAAUCUUAUUGGUGUACUAAACAGUUUGGGUAAUUACAUCAAGCAGCCAAUUAAUCCUGUAGACAUUGUGUCAGUACACCGAGUGCCCCAUGCGGAUCCCAGCAGUCGACGACCAAAAAAUGUAGUGGUUAAAUUAUCCAAUAGAAUUUUGAGAGAUAAUAUAAUAUCAGCUUGUCGGGCAGUGAAAUGA